UUGUACUCAAUACUCUUUCAGCUUUGCUCAUUGACAAGGUGUUCAUGCCUCUUAUUAUUAAGAUAAGAGAGAAAAGAAAACACAACUUGUAUCCGAACAUAACAUGAAGAAGCAAUCAAUAAUGAUACAAAUUCUAGAGGUAGAUAAAUCGUACAGCAAGCGUGAGGGUCACAAGACUGGAACUACGCAAUAGGAAUACAAUAGAACAAUACUAAACAGCCUGAUUAGCCGUCCUUCUAGAUACGUCAGUUGGGGACAUUGAUAUUGAGUUAUGGUCAAAGGAGGCACCAAAAGCAUGCAGAAAUUUUGUGCAACUGUGCAUGGAGGGCUAUUACAAUGGUACUAUAUUCCAUAGGAUUGUCAAAGGAUUUAUUGCUCAGUGUGGUGAUCCUCUUGGAACUGGAUACGGAGGAGAAUCAAUAUAUGGCAAGCCUUUUAAGGAUGAAUUCCAUCAAAGGCUACGCUUCAAUCGAAGAGGGUUGGUAGGCAUGGCGAAUUCUGGGCCUGAUGACAACAGAAGUCAAUUCUUUUUUACACUUGAUGCAGCACCCGAGCUAGAUAAAAAACAUACCCUUUUUGGAAAGAUUGGAGGAAAGACCAUUUAUAAUAUGAUUCGCUUGAUUGACAUUGAAAUAGAUGGAAACGAUAGACCUCUUGAGCCACCAAAGAUAUUCAGCAUAGAGAUCCUUCACAACCCUUUUGAGGACAUUGAGCCAAGAAAGAUAAAGCAGGAAGCAAGUAAAAAUCUUGAUAAAGACGAAAAGAAAAAGGCUAGGAGGAAACAAGAAAAGAAUUUCAAAUUAUUAUCAUUUGGAGAAGAAGCUGAGGAAGAUGACGGAGAGCUGACGGCUAUCAGCAAGGAAAUCAAGAUACAGAGCAGCCAUGAUGUUUUAAAUGAUCCAAAACUCAGUACUGAACAAGCAGUCGAUGUUAAGUCGUUGCCAGCGGUGGAGAACAUAAGGCAAAAAUUAUCGAAGAAACCAGAGGCCAAAAGAGACGCCCAGGAUUCUUUGUCCGAAGACGAAGAAGAAUUGGAAAAAAGAAAAAGAAAGGCAGCAUUGAAGAAAGAAGCCAGAGAACUCAAGCGGGAAUUAGCUGCGCAACAGAAUAAGAAGAUCAUUCAGGAGGAGCCAAAGACUGCUGCAGUUUCAGAAGACGAGGAAACCUCUGCAGUAAACGAACUGAUGACCCGGCUAAAACAUGAGAAACAACAGUUUGUGAAAAUGAAAAAAGAAAGCUCCAUUCUGAGGAAAGGGGGAAAUAGGGAAAAAGAGACAUUGGCCAUGUUGUCAGGAUUUCAAACAAAAUUAUCAUCGACUGAAGAAAGUUCGCUUCGUGAGGAGGCAGAAGAAGAAUCAGAUAUGGGAUGGAUGGGCCACACAUUAAAGUUUGAAAGUGCUGCUGCCAGGGCAAAAGAUGCAAACAUGCGCGACGAAGACACAUAUGACAUUUUUGACCCAAGAAACCCAAUCAACCAAAGGCGGAGAGAGGCCAGUGGACGUAAAGAUGCUAAAAGGGCAAAGCGAUGAUAUUUGUCACGGAGGAAGCCGACCACUGCUGCUUAUUUUGAUAUAUCACCCGCAAGCCAAGCAGGCUAUUUUGCUCUUCAAACUGAACCCAUUUCCUCUGUCUUUGUAGAGCAUUGGGCUGUUUGUUGCUCUCGUCAAUGAACAAGAUCUCUUGAGCAAGACCUACAUUUUUGUCAUAUUCGUGAUAAUUACUUUGAUGAUGAACAGGUCUAAGUGGCCAUUCUGAUGAGAGUUUUAUUUAAAACCACCGUCAAACCACUUUGAUUAAAUGAGAAUGAAAACUAAACAGACAUAAAAAGAAUACUCCACAGCACAAACUACUACUCAAUACAAUACAAUCAUUUAGGAUCGUAAUCCAGCAACAAUCACUUUCAACCUACAGAAGCUGCACAGCUAUAAUAGUCCUCAUAUUAGUGCAUUGUGUCGUCGUUUAGAAAGAUUGCACCAUGAUCUGCUGACUGCAAUGCAUUAUCGCUAAGCUUAAGUGCUGGAGUAGACUUUCUUGUUAUCAAUUUACGUCGAUAUUUCACAAAUAUUGCGUGUUUUUUACAAAUUACAAAUAAACUAAGUUGACUAGUGAAUAUCUUGUAGAGCCAGUAUAUCCGCGGGUAGGUUUCUGAAGACUGAUAACGCUUUUGUUAUAGAAAAGUUUCCACUUCCUGAAAGAUAAAUUUUUCAGCAAAAUUUAAAUUUUGUUUUUAACAAUCUGGGGUCCAAUUCAGAUGUUUCUAAAGCCCUAGUGGCUGUAAUAAUACAAACUUUUGUUCUUUUGAAACAAACCUUUGCAGUCGAAAAACAUAGGUAUGCUUUGCAAAGCUGUA